AUGGAAAUAUCAUACAUAUUAACAAUAUUAAUUACAUUCACAGGGACAUUCUUCUCCGCUCACUCAUCUGUGCAGAAGGAAGACCAUGCUCCCUAUUUGGUAUACCUCAAGUCUCACUUCAACCCCUGUGUGGGUAUCCUUAUCAAAAACAACUGGGUGCUGGCCCCAGCUCACUGCUACUUACCAAAUCUGAAAGUGAUGCUGGGAAAUUUCAGGGUCAGAGUCCGAGAUGGGACAGAACAGACAAUUAACCCCAUCCAGAUUAUCCGUUACUGGAACUACAGUCAUACCUCCCCCCAGGAUGACCUCAUGCUCAUCAAGCUGGCUAAACCUGCCAACUACAGCCACAAAGUCCAGCCCCUUUCCCUCGCCACCAGCAGUGUCCGGCCAGGCACCAUCUGUCUGCUUUCAGGUCUGGACUGGAGCCAAGACAACAGUGGCAGACACCCUGAUUUAAGGCAGAACCUGGAGGCCCCUGUGAUGUCUGAUGAAGAAUGCCAGAAAACUGAACAAGGAAAAAGCCACAGGAACUCCUUGUGUGUUAAGUUUAUGAAAGUGUUCAGCCGAAUUUUUGGGGAGGUGGCCGUUGCUACUGUCAUCUGCAAGAACAAGCUCCAGGGGAUCGAGGUCGGACACUUCAUGGGCGGGGAUGUGGGCAUCUACACCGAUGUUCACAAAUAUAUAUCCUGGAUUGAGAGCGUCACUGAAGACAGAUGAGAUCCUACUACUCUUCUGCAUGUCACCGGCUCUGCCACUGACUGUACACGCCACUACCUUCCCCAACUCAAAAUAAAAUC